AUCGCUUUACUUAGAAAUAACUGAGGAGGUAAAAGGUAUCAGGCAAUAUUUAAUUAUCUUAGACAAACGCAUUUGUAUGAUAUUCUGGUCCAUACUCCAUACCAGUUGGUGGCGGUAAUGCACCAAUUCGUUGUUUGUCAACAGCCAAUAAACACAAAGAAGAAAAAAAGAAGCAGAAUAUCGUCAAGCAUAGGAACUCGGCUAGUGCCACUUCCAUCAUGUCAGGAUAGAAAAGCAAACAAACAGCAGACAAAGCUCGGUAGAACCAUCCUUUUCCGAAACGGAGUCUUUACGAUGGAAGGCGAGGAGGAGAGGGGUGUUGUUCGUGUCAAAGUCAAGAAAUGUGAUGGGGCACUUCCUGUGGAGUUUCGCUCCUUUGCUGUUGAUCCCCAGAUUACAUCGCUGGAGGUUUUGCAGCACAUACUUAUCAGAGCCUUUGAUUUAAAUGGGAAGAGAAAUUUCAGCGUUGGCUACCUGUCUCGCGAUCGCAGUGGUGCUGAAAUGUAUCUGUCUCUGGUCUCUGACUGGGAUUUGGAUGUUGCGUUUGUCAGUGCAGCCAGACCAUUUCUGCAGCUCAAGAUGGAUAUAAAACCUUCCGAGGACAGCCCUGUUUUGGAAGACUGGGACAUCAUAAGCCCCAAAGACGUGAUUGGCUCUGAGCAGCUUCUCACGGAGAAGACUAGAUCUUUGGCAUCUGCAGCUCUUCCCUUCACCCAGUCUCUACUGUCCCAGGUGGGCCGGACCCUGUCGAAGGUCCAGCAGGCCUUCAGCUGGUCUUAUGGGGAGGAGAUCAAGCCUUUCAAGCCCCCUCUAAGUGACGCUGAGUUUCACAGUUACCUUAACGGACAGGGACAGUUGACCCGGCCUGAGGAACUCAGACUGCGAAUCUACCAUGGGGGUGUGGAGCCGUCGCUGCGGAAGGUGGUUUGGCGUUACCUCCUGAACGUCUAUCCAGAUGGACUGAGCGGACAGGAGAGAAUGGACUACAUGAAGAGGAAGACGAGAGAGUAUGACCAACUAAAGAGAGAGUGGACAACCCGGGUUAGUCAUGAGGACCUUGAAUUUAUCCGUGGAAACGUUCUCAAAGACGUCCUGAGGACGGAUCGAGCUCAUCCAUACUAUGCAGGCUCCGAGGAUAGUCCACAUUUGACUGCCCUCACAGAUCUGCUCACCACAUUUGCCAUCACUCAUCCACAGAUAUCUUACUGUCAAGGCAUGAGUGACAUUGCCUCCCCAAUACUUGCAGUAAUGGACAACGAGGCACACGCCUUCAUUUGCUUUUGUGGCAUCAUGAAACGCUUAGAAGGAAACUUCCGGCCAGACGGGCAGCUCAUGUCUGUUAAGUUCCAGCAUCUGAAGCUCCUCCUGCAGUACUCCGACCCUGAAUUCUACUCUUACCUAGUGUCCCGAGGAGCUGACGACCUCUUCUUCUGCUACCGUUGGCUUCUUCUGGAGCUUAAACGAGAGUUUGCGUUUGAUGAUGCUCUAAGAAUGCUGGAAGUUACUUGGAGCUCUCUGCCCCCAGAUCCUCCUGAAACUGAAGUGGAGCUGCUGGGGCCACCCCUGGAAGCCGACGAAACAAUGUUCAGCAACUUUGAGGACAAGACGGUUGAGGACUACUUUCAAGAUAAGGAACAAAAAGAGAAGCAGCGUCGACGGCACAUGCUGCGACCUUCAAGAGAAGAAGCAGACAUGAACAUAAAUGCCAUCGCUGAUGAAAUGGACAGGCAAAGCGUGAGCUCGGACAAAGUAAAUGUGGGUGACGAGUGUGAUAUCCCUCAGGUAACCAUGGGAAAGACAGAUCUGAAAGGUGCUCCCUUCGAGAGGCAGACUAGUUUUGGGGAGUUUAAAUAUUAUACUGCCCGAAAUGAAGACAGCUUUGAUAUGGAGGAGGGUGAACAGCAUCCUCCAUGUCAACAGGGUGCGGUGGUUUCAGAGACAAUAACGAGCAUCCCGAGGCGCCAAUCCACAACUGACACUGAGGAGGACACGGGAGAGCAAACACCACUGUUUAAAAAUUGUGAUAAUGAUGUUUCUCCACCUCUUUUCCCAAGCAGCCAACCCAUCUGGAAAACUGGCUCCUCUGUCUCUCCCAUGUCUUCAGUGUCACCAUCGAGUUGGCCUGGUGUUUCUCCAGACUCUCCUCCAAAGUCCACAUCACCAUACGCAAGCAAUGAAAGUGAGGCCUUACCAAGAACUGGCCUAAACGUGUCAGCUUCUUCUACUCAGUUGCCCAGCAGUACGCGCAUCAGUUCACCCACAACCCCCACUGCAAGGACAUCCAUCGCCUCUCUUUCUACUGCUCCAAACAGAUCCCUGCUGUCUUCACCCAUUUUGUCCUUUGGAAGAGGAACAUCUUUGUCUGGUUCCAGGUUGUACUCAAACAGUCUCCUCUCACCUGGCAACAAAUCCCCCAGCAGCGCUGCUAAUACGCCCAGUUCUCUAAAAGCCGAGACCACUGGCAUCAAGCCGUGCUCCUUGCCACCUCCUCAAGAGUUUGGUAAAGGCAACCCCUUCAUGCUGUUCCUGUGCUUGUCCAUCCUGUUGGAGCACAGAGACCAUAUCAUCAAGAACAGUUUGGAUUACAAUGAGCUAGCCAUGCACUUUGAUCGCCUUGUGCGACGGCACAACCUGAGCAGGGUGCUGCAAAGAGCCAAGGCCCUGUUUGCAGAGUACUUGCAAAGUGAAGUGUGGGACUCAGAAGAAGGGGAUGAGGUUAGCUCAGACUCCCCAACAACAGCUACUGCUACUCAGCACUCCCCUUCUUCAGCCAUCUCAGCUAAGCCCAUUUACAGCCCUUUAGCAUCUCCACAGUUAUCAUCUCCAAAUUCAACCUAUAAUUUGGCGAACACCAUUCCUUCUCUGAUAGCUCAAAAUUCGUUUUCCACCAGUUCCUGAAUCUGUUGUACAUCACUGGCUACCUUUUCCGGACUGCUUAGUGGGUUCAGCUCUUUUAAUUCUGUCUCUAAUUAAAUACAUAUAUUCCUUAAGGUCAGUGUAAUAUUUUUCAUUUUUCUUUCUUGUUCUCUGGAAGUCAGGAUAAAGAAGCUAAAGAGCCUUUUUCCCACUGGGGUUGCCGACUCUCAGCUCAGUAAUUCGGGAAUCUUAUAUUUGACCCUGAGCCUGUCUGAAUCAUACACUUGGUGCAUUUAACCUAUAUUGCCAUUUUUAUUAUGUUUGCUUAUUAUGUUUCCUCUCCAGGAAGCCAUGGAAGUAUCUUAAUUAAAACACGGGAGUUACAUUAUUUAAAAAACAUAAUGGGGUGAUGGUUUCUUGAAAUCAUGAGUCAAGUCAUUGCUUUCACUCAUCCAGAGUGCACGAGCCACUGAAUAAUUGUAGAAUCUGUAUGUUUUGUUUUGUUUUUUGUUUGUUUGCUUGUUUGUUGUUGUUGUUGUUGUUGUUUUUUUUAAUAACCUCAAGUGUGACUUGUUACUCAUAAAAUAACAUGCUUGAUAGGGACCCCAAUAAUUUAAUCUAAUAAUCUAAAUUCUUUUAGUUUGGAUAUUUUAAAUAAGUGUGUGUGCGUGCACAAGGAGCCACUCGCUGACUAUUUAGUUGGCAUGUUGUUUCAUUUCUUUGUAUCUUUAAAGCAAACAUGCAGAACGGCAUUUGCAGUGACAUUCACUGUGCUCGGGAGCACAUGGUGCACCAUCCGGGCCUCAUUUCUGCCUGAGACUGCUUCCUGUUAAAAGUAGGUUGUCUUCUAAUACACUCACUUGAGGCAACUAGUUGUGAACUGAUGCCAUACAAAUAAUAUUGAAUUGAAAACAUACUUGGCAAUAUUUGACACAUAACACAACCAUUGCUGUCCUUUUCCAGUCAGUUUCUAGUUCUUUCUAACACAGCUUGGAGUUGUGAGACUAGCUCACCAUAACCACAACCUACCCUAUACUGGAGCAGACAGUAUGAAGGGGUAGGUUCUGAUGUUGAAACUGAGAUGGGGCCACUGUCUCUGAUCCAACCUCUGCUGAGCCGCUGUUAAAACAAACAGUUGUGACGUCUCUUUAAAACAUGUUAGCCCAGAACAAAAACUGGCUGCCAUGCUGUGUACACCAGUGUGGUUUCAGUCUACUUUGUACAAAUGCCUUUUUAUUAAGAGACCUUGUGCUAGGGUCACAAAUUAAAACUACAUCAGUAGUAAAGUGAGUACUGCACACUGUAAAUGUGUUUAUUGAGUAAUGUUUCAUUUUAGCACUUUGGUUAUUGCUCUUUUCCAAAGACAGUGUUUUAUGAAUGUACAGCUCGCAUCUUCUUUUGUCCUUUUUGGAUGGAAAGUUUAGGUGAUCUCACAGAGUGAACCCGACUAACACAAUCAAUCAAAAAGCAGCUGAAGGCUGUCAGGACAUGCCCAGGAAGAUUGGCCCUAUUUUGUUGUUUUGGGUGUUUUUUUUUUUAGUUGAUUUACAGAUUUAUUGAUCACAUUAGAUAUAUGCCUGUGAAAUCAAACCUUGCAUUGUGCUAGCUCUGAUAUAAACUCCACUUUAACAAAGCUUACAUUCAUCAUUUUCUGUUAUUGUUUGUGUCAAAGGCAGUUAUGCUCAUACUGUGGUUAUAAUAGGUGGUGGUGAUGUUCUGGUCUUAUUUUUUACCAGCUCAACAUACAUGAAGGGAAGCAAAUACAUAUUUAUGUUUAGGCCAUGACACUGUCAAUAAGCUGGGCAACUGGAAAAAUGCUUACUCUGGAUGGGUUUUGGCCCCAGUCACAUGAAUCCAUCCUCAGACCACAUGCUCGAUGUUCCAGACCUCAGCUCAGUUGUGGGCCAUCUGUUAGGGAUAUAGGGGCACAACUACAAAUUUUGGGAGUAGAUCUUAAAACUUUCUUCUUCCUAGCAUGGUUUACUUUACCUAUUCUUAAUUUUAAGGGAUAGGUAUUCUGUACACACAGUACUCAUGCAAACGGUUAAGCUUAUUUGGGAAAUACCUUCUGAGGACUGUUUCUAUUUAAACAGAAUUUGAAGUGACUGAUCUCUGUGGAGAAGCUCUUAUGGUUAUUAUUCUGGGGUUCUGUUUUGCCUCCUUUUGUAUGUCAGUAUUUAAUAUCAAAAUAAACCAAUCUGAAGUAACUGUA